GAGGAUCUUAAGGGAGCACCAGGAUCCUCCUCCUCCUCCUCCUCCUCCUCCCCAGCCGCAGCAGGAGCGCUGCUGAGCCGGUAAGGAAACACCGCACUGUCUCCACCUUGCCUUUUCCCUCCUUCUUCCUCCUCUUUCUCCCUUUGCUGCAUCCCUCCUUCUUCCUUCCUUCCUUCCUUCCUUCCUUCCUUUCCUUCCUUCCUGCCAGCUGGCCUUUGUCCCUUUUGUUGGGCUCUGUAGGCCUUGGCGUCUGCACUGACCACAGAACGCAGACUGGACUGCAUUGAGACCCUCUCGUGCAGAAUCCUGCAAGGAUGGUGGUGCUGCGGCAGUUUGGGCUUCUUCUUUGGAAGAACUAUAUCUUGCAGAAGCGACAGAUCCUGGUGACAGUCAUUGAGAUCUGCCUGCCGCUGCUCUUUGCGGCAAUUCUCAUUGCCCUCCGCCACCGUGUCCAUUCGGUCAGCCACCCCAACGCCACCCUCUACCCAGCAAAGAGCUUGGCCACGCUGCCUGUUUUCUUCCGUCACUGGCACCCCAAGCCCUGGGAGCUAGCCUUCGUCCCAUCCAACAACACCGCAGUGGAGAGCAUCGCAGAGGCCGUGGAGCUGGCCCUGCAGGAGGCAAGCGUCGAUAUCAAAGCCCGAGGCUUCCUAUCUGAAAAAGAUUUUGAAGACUACAUCCGAUUUGACAACCAUUCAGGCAAUGUGUUGGCUGGGAUUGUUUUCGAGAACUGCUUUGCUCAUAGCGAGGAAGCCUUGCCUCUCCAGGUUAGUUACCACUUGCGCUUCAAGUACAGCCCGAGGAAUGCUCCUCAGAGCGAGCAGACAGGUCUGAACCCCAACCUGGAUCGGGACUGGCACACCAACUACCUCUUCCCACUGUUCCAGUUGCCGGGUCCAAGAGAAGCCAUGUCCAGUGAUGGGGGGACGCCAGGCUACUACCGGGAAGGUUUCCUGGCAGUUCAGCAUGCAGUGGACAAGGCAAUCAUCCAGUACCAUGCAAACACUUCGGACGCCGAUCUCCUGAGCAGGGUGACAGUGGUGGUGCAGCGCUUUCCAUACCCACCAUACGUCAACGACGUCUUCCUUCUGGCCAUCCAGAACCAGCUCCCGCUGCUGCUGAUGCUGAGCUUCACCUACACCUCGCUGAACAUUGUCCGCGCUGUGGUGCAUGAAAAGGAGAAGAAGCUCAAGGAAUACAUGCGCAUGAUGGGCCUCAGCAACUGGCUGCACUGGACGGCAUGGUUUCUCAUGUUUUUCCUCUUCCUCUUGGUGUCCGUCUUCUUCGUCACCGUGCUUUUCUGUGUUAAGGUGAGUGAGCAAGGUGCGGUGCUGACAAACAGCGACCCGACCCUGGUCUUCACCUUCCUGACGGUCUUCUCCGUCUCAUCCAUCGCCUUCAGCUUCAUGGUCAGCACCUUCUUCUCCAAAGCCAACGUGGCGGCAGCUGCUGGCGGGUUCCUCUAUUUCUUCUCCUACAUUCCCUACUUCUUCAUUUCCCCGCGUUACGACCUCAUGAGCCACAGCCAGAAGCUCUCUUCCUGCCUCAUCUCCAACGUUGCCAUGGCCAUGGGAGCCCAGCUGAUUGGCAUGUUUGAAGGGAAAGGGACUGGGGUGCAGUGGCGGGACCUUAUGAAGCCAGUCAGCGUGGAUGACAACUUCACUUUGGCUCAUGUUCUGGGGAUGCUCCUCUUUGACUCGGUGUUGUACGGCUUGGUGGCCUGGUACGUGGAGGCUGUUUUCCCAGGAGAGUAUGGCAUCCCGCAGCCCUGGUAUUUCUUCUUAACGCCUUCUUAUUGGUGCGGAAGUCCUCAGACAGUUUUGGGAAAGGAGAAAGAAGAGGAAGAAGACCCGGAGAAGGCUCUGAAAAGCCAGUACAUUGAGGAGGAGCCUUCCGACCUGGUCUCUGGCAUCAAAAUCAAACAUCUAUCCAAGGUCUUCAAGGUGGGAGGGAAAGCCAAGGAGGCUGUCCGGGACCUGACCCUGAACAUGUACGAGGGACAGAUCACGGUGCUUUUGGGACACAACGGCGCUGGGAAGACUACCACUCUCUCCAUGCUGACCGGGCUGUAUCCUCCAACGAGUGGCCAUGCGUACAUCAACGGCUAUGAGAUUUCUCAGGACAUGAUUCUGAUCCGGAAAAGCCUCGGCCUUUGCCCGCAACAUGAUGUCCUUUUUGAUCAAAUGACAGUGGAAGAACACCUGCGCUUCUAUUCCGGGUUGAAAGGAUUCCCUGUAGAGAAAUGCCCGGAGGAGAUCAGUCGCAUCCUGCAUAUCCUCUGCUUGGAGGAGAAACGCUACUGUCUGUCGAAGGCUCUGUCUGGAGGGAUGAAGCGGAAGCUCUCCAUUGGCAUUGCGCUCAUUGGGGACUCCAAGGUGGUGAUGCUGGACGAGCCCACCUCCGGCAUGGACCCUGUGUCUCGCCGAGCCACAUGGGACCUCUUGCAGCAACAGCGGAGCAGCCGCACCAUCCUGCUCACCACACACUUCAUGGAUGAGGCAGACCUCCUGGGGGACCGCAUUGCCAUCAUGGCCAAAGGGGAGCUCCAGUGCUGUGGGUCAUCGCUCUUCCUCAAGCAUAAAUACGGUGCAGGAUACCAUAUGGUGAUGGUGAAGGAGCCAUGCUGCAACCUUGGAGAGAUAUCCCGCCUCAUCUAUCACUAUGUGCCCAAAGCCACCUUGGAAAGCAAUGCCGGAGCAGAGCUCUCCUUCAUCCUCCCCAAAGAAAGCACACACCGGUUUGAGGCUCUGUUCACAGAGUUGGAGCUGCGGCGAGAAGAGCUGGGCAUUGCCAGUUACGGUGCCUCCGUCACCACCAUGGAGGAGGUUUUCCUCAGGGUCGGCAAGCUGGUGGAUUCCAGCAUGGACAUCCAAGCCAUCCAGUUGCCAGCCCUGCAAUACCAGCAUGAGCGGCGCUCCAACGACUGGGCCAUGGACGACUCUAGCAGCCUGAGCGGGAUGACGGACAUGACUGAUGACAGUGGGGCCCUCAUCACCGAAGACUGCCCCAAUGUCAAGCUGAACACAGGGUUCUAUCUCUGCUGCCAGCAGUUCUAUGCCAUGUUUAUGAAGAGGGCUGUGUACAGUUGGCGCAACUGGAAGAUGGUGGCAGCACAGUUUCUGGUGCCUCUCAUUUUCACUGCCUUUGCCCUGGUUGUGGCCAAGACUUUCCCAGGGCCUCGGGACUCUUCCUUGCUGAAGCUGACCUUAAAUCCAUAUGGCAGAACGACAGUGCCUUUCUCCACCUCGCAAGGAUCCGUCUUGGCCCAGAGGCUGGCUGCACAGUAUCAGGAGACAGUGGAAGCUCAGGAUCAAGGGCCAUUGGAGGUAGUGGGUAACCUGCAGGAAUACCUGAUUUCUCGGGCGUCGGACGAAGGUGGGGCGUUCAAUGAGCACUACCUUGCGGCUGCUUCGUUUGAUGAAACUGAGGACCAAAUACAAGUCACCGCUCUCUUCAACAACCAGGCGUUCCAUUCUUCUGCUGCUGCGCUGCUGCUGGCAGACAAUGCCUUGCUGAAGCUGUUCGCUGGUCCAAAUGCUUCCAUCACUGUUGCUAACUUCCCACAGCCUCGCAACGUCACAGAGACAGCAAAGGAUCAGCUCAUGGAAGGCCAGACAGGCUUUGCCAUUGCAAUCAACCUGCUCUAUGGGAUGGCUUCCUUGUCCAGCACCUUUGCCGUCCUGCUGGUCAGCGAGAGGGCCAUCAAGGCCAAGCACGUCCAGUUUGUCAGCGGGGUCUAUGUCGUCAACUUCUGGCUCUCAGCUCUCCUCUGGGACCUCAUCAACUUCCUCACCCCAUGCGUGCUCAUGCUGGUGAUUUUCCAAGCAUUUGAUGUGAAGGCUUUCACGCAGGAUAGCCACCUUGUGGACGUGAUGCAGGUGUUCCUCCUUUACGGCUGGGCCAUCAUCCCCCUCAUGUACCUUUUCAGCUUCUUCUUCUCUGUUGCUUCCACGGCCUACACCCGCCUCACCAUCUUCAACAUCCUCUCAGGAACAGCCACGUUCCUAGCCGUUACCAUCAUGAGCAUCCCAGAACUCGGAAUGGUGGAUCUCUCCAAACUGCUGGAUAAAAUAUUUUUGAUCCUGCCCAACUAUUGCUUGGGACAAAGCAUCAGUGAAUUCUACCAGAAUUACGAGUUUAUUCAGUUCUGCACCUCCUCCUUUGAGGCUGUCGUCAUCUGCAGAGUGUUUAAUAUUACUUACCAGACCAAUUACUUUGCCUGGGAGAGCCCUGGGAUCGGCAAAUACCUGACAGCUAUGGCAUCGCAGGGUCUCGCCUUCCUCCUCCUCCUGUUCCUCAUUGAGACCAACCUCCUUUGGAGACUGAGGAAUAUCCUCUGUGGAAUGCAUCGGAGGCGGAAAUGGGUGAUGCUGCUGAAUCGAGUACCUGUAUUGCCAGAAGACCGGGAUGUAGCAGACGAGAGGAAGAAGGUUUUAGAAUCGCCAACUGCGUCGCUGUCGUCCUUGAAUAGCCCUCUUGUCAUCAAAGAACUGACCAAGGUGUACAGCAGCAGGGAUCUAUGCCUGGCGGUGGACAGGCUCUCCCUGGCCGUCAACAAGGGCGAGUGCUUUGGCCUACUUGGCUUCAAUGGGGCCGGGAAGACCACCACCUUCAAGAUGCUAACUGGAGACGAGAGCAUCACGUCAGGAGAUGCCUAUGUAGAUGGACACAGCAUUCUGGCCAACAUCAAAAAGGUCCAGCGGCGCAUUGGCUACUGCCCGCAGUUCGAUGCCCUCUUGGACCACAUGACAGGGAGAGAGACCCUGAGCAUGUAUGCCCGGCUGCGGGGCAUCCCGGAGCGCUACAUCGGCAACUGUGUGGAGAACAUGCUCCGAGGGUUGCUGCUGGAGCCCCACGCAAACAAGCUUGUCAGGACGUACAGCGGGGGCAACAAGCGGAAGCUGAGUGCCGGCAUUGCACUGAUCGGCGGCCCGCCUGUCAUCUUCCUGGAUGAGCCAUCAACCGGUAUGGACCCUGUGGCCAGGCGCCUGCUGUGGGAUGCGGUGGCCAGGACGCGGGAGUGUGGCAAGUCUAUCAUCAUCACCUCUCACAGCAUGGAGGAGUGUGAGGCCCUGUGCACCCGGCUUGCCAUCAUGGUCAAUGGGCAGUUCAAAUGCCUGGGCAGUCCCCAGCACCUCAAGAGCAAAUUUGGCAGCGGGUACACGCUCCUGGCCAAAACCCACAGUGAUGAAGAAGACAACCUGCAGGCCUUCAAAACGUUUGUGGAGAAAACCUUCCCAGGGAGCGUCCUAAAACAUGAGCACCAAGGCAUGGUCCAUUAUCACAUCACCAAUAAGAACCUCAGUUGGGCACAGGUGUUUGGGGCUUUGGAAAAAGCCAAAGAGAAGUACUGUGUGGAGGAUUAUUCCGUCAGCCAAAUCUCCUUGGAGCAAGUCUUCAUGAGCUUUACGCGCUUCCAGCACUACACAGAGGAUCGAGGGAAAUGAGCCGCAAGGGCCCCUCUCUCCUCUGACUCCGCGGUUUGAACCCGCUGCCUAUAUAUAUAGUAUACAUAGAGACAGUAAUUUAUAUCUCAACUACGUCUUUAACCAUGCAUCCAAGGGUCGUGGUGCAAGAGUGUGCAGGGGCGUGCCUGUCUGUCCGUGUGUCCAUUUGCACGUGCAAGGACGAAUGAAGACCUCCUUCUCGAAUCAGCACUGGACAACUGACAUCUUUCGCUCCGUUUUCACACUUAGCAAGUGGAGACGGUGCUCCAUUGCGGCCCAGGUAUGACUGGACAUCGAGAUAAGAGCUUUCCGGCGCUUCCACUGGAUUGGUGUCGGCAUCAUUGACCCUUGCAUGCCCCGUGUAUGGGGCGCUGGCAACGCACAUAUCCAUAUGGCUGCGACUCGUGUCUGUAUGUACAAAAUCCCUGUGGCAUAUCUGUGUGAAUGAGCUCAGUCGUCCUCUGUUCACUUCCGAAGAUGCAAGGGGAAGGAUCAAAGCAGUGCGGAACCAACCACAUCUCCCAGUCUGGGCUGCAUCACUUCCAGGGGAUUGGAUGUUGCGGACUGGGGAGGGAUGCCUUUUGCUGUGGGGAGACUGGCCAUGCUGCUGCCCAGAGAGGUGGAAUAGCAGAGGGACCAUUCCUGGAGGAGAUAUACUCUGCAUCUGCAUAUUUCUACGUCCAUUUUCCUCUUGAUUAAGAGGCCGCGGGCAAGGUUCAGUCACGUUGCCAUUCCAAAAUAGCUGCUGAGGUUUAGACCGAGGCUUCCCGAACUUUGCUCUGGCAAAAAAUUUGAAGUUCAGCUCUCCUGAUUCCCAGACAGUAUAAGUUCCGAAAAAAGAACAACAUUUAAGAUAACAACAACAACACUUUAUUUAUAUUCUGUUCUCCUCCUCAAGGGGACUCAGAGCGGAUUACAACAUAUAAACAAUCACAGGCAAACAUUCAAUGCCUUGUUCCAGAUGAGAAUACACAAAUACACAGACAAAGGCAAAGGUUUCUCCUUUCAUUUCUGGCUCUGGUAUGCUGCACAUCCCGUUUUGAGUCCCAACUCCUUAGAGGAGACUCAUGAAAUCAAUAGGGUUUUUCAGUAUGUCGGCUGUGCAUCCAGCAGGGACCUGUCCAUUGAAAAGGCAUUUCCGUCUUCUUUCUGGUUGACUUGUGUUUUUAAGAAAGGAAGGCAGUGAAAUAACUUGCUUUCCACAUCUUUGUUGGUUUUCUAUUUAAUUUUAUUUUUAAGCCUAUGGUCCUUGUUAUCUCUUUUCAAAAAAGGAUGAUGUUGAAAUUGUCCAAAGGAAAAGCUUGGCCUAUUUUACUAGUGAUGACAUGCUGAACUUGUGCAUCUCUGAGGCUUAGUAGGAUGAAACCUUGGAUCCCAGAGCAUCCGCUUGCCGCUGCUGAGGUACGGGUUGGUCCAAUCUGUCAUGACAGUUACUCCUAGGAGUACAUUUGCACACCUUUUUGGUUACUAAAAUGACAAGUGAAGAUAGUAAGGAAAUGCGUGGAGGAGAGGAUUCAAGACCAGAAAAGGGAGAGGAGGGUGCUUCAUGUUAUCAUUGAAUUGUGAUGAACACGGCUGCCCUUGAGAGUGAUGAUGCCUUUCCUUGGAGGAUAAACAAACCCAUGGUCACUCAUCCAGGGCCAUUGGUCCCGAAGGCUAUUUUCAACCUCCAUGUUCAGAGGCAGAGUUGCUUUCACCUGCUUGCAUUCUUAGAAGUAACCCAACUAUGCAUCUCUUAAUGGUUCUUCUUUGAGUCCCCCUUGGGCGCCUCUCUGCCUGUGCAUUGCGAAUAUCAUUUGCUUUCCCCAGUCCUUUAUGGGUGGGUCUGUGGCACUUUAAACUCUGCGGUAGGAGUCAAGCAUGCAGUAUCUUUUCAUCAAGACCAGACCCUCCAGCUUUCGAGGGAGACAGUAUUGAACAGGUUUCUUUGACCAAACCUUCAUCAUCAGUUCUAUAAAGAACAUUGAUUAAUGGCUGUUCCUUCCAUCAGCUUUUCGCUUUGUCUUCCUUUCCAGUUUGUGUCUGUUGCAAUUGUCACAUUCUGUCUAGUUGCAUUCCUUUAAUUUAUUUGGGGAGACUUAUCAGAAUGUCCUGCUUCGGCUCUCCUUGAAACGAAACUCCCAUUUUGGGGUCUGACCUCUCUCAUGUCCUGCUGACCUGGAAACCUUGCACAUUGUUUCAAAGCAGCGGCAUUGCCUUAUUAGUCCUUUCCACCAAUAUAAGUCUUCUUAGCUCUUGGUGGAAAUCCCAGCCCAACAAAUGACCUCCUUUUGGAGACAAUAGCCAGGAGCUGAAGUCAGUUGGAUUGCAUGGCUCCGCCUCUUGCGGCAUUUCAUUUGACACACAUCCUAUGGUGGGAUGGAGCUUUUUCUUCUUCCAGUCUUUGUUUUACUACAUGUUUUAAAAAGGAUGGGGAAACUAAGGCCCUCCAGAUGCUCACACUUCUAGGAAACUGUUCAAAACAUCUGGACAGCAAAAUGUCCCUUACCCUUCUGUGAAACUGCAGCUGCUCCUCUCCCCAACACUUCCUUACUUGUCCAUUUUUAUCAGUGAUUUUUAAACUUCCAGGGAUUUACCCUGUAAGUAAUUCUCCCAUUUCUGCAGAAAGUGAGGCUUCAAUGGCCCUUCCCUCCCUUGCGUCAGCUCAAAGGGCAUCUUCUCAGGUGCAAAGGGUUGUCUGCAAUGUUUUGUGGCCAGGAUGGGAACUGUGGGCAAGAUCCUACAUGACUUCAAACAUCAUGUGGAUGUCUGCUCUUGCAUUAUGCUUCCACUGCACAACCCCUGGAAUGGAUGGGAACAUAAUGCCACACGUUCAUAUGGGUAGUAUUUGCUCAUUAAGUGAAAGUUGAAGCGCAACUGCAUCGCACUGCGUGUAGCUGGAUACAACCAGCAGCAUUGUCCACACGAUUUGCCCAGCAUGUGUAGCACAAUGUACGCCUGCAUCAUGUCAUCAACAAGGUGCUAGCCCAGGUGGCAGACUGCAACUCCCAGCAUCCAGCUGUGCUGGCAAGGGCUGAGGGGACUUGCAGUCCAAUGACAUCUGGAAAGGCAUGUGUCCCCAUCCCUGGCGGAAAGCACCACUUGGAGUGUCCCAAACAUGUAAAUGGUUGGUGUUAUUAUUUUUGUACCUUUCCUUUGAUUAUACCAAAUACCGUCCUCUUGCACAAAUCACUGCUAUUUUGCACAGUGUGUGUGCGUAUAUCUCUGUGUGUCUGUAUUUGUAUGAAUGCAUCCAAACAUUCUCUAACAUUUCUUAGGUCUGUCUCUGCACCAACACCUUGCCCCAAACAGGAUUAUGUAGUGACUCUUUUCAUUCGGAUGACAAGCAGAAGCUAAACGCCCGUCCUUUGCUCCUCUUGGACACCAAGCCCCACUUGUGAAAGGUCUUCUAAUCUGCAAGCCCCUGUGUGAGAUUUGCCCCAUAUUUCACUUCCAAGUUUUGUUCCUGUUUUAUGGGGAGGAGGUUUGUGUUUUUGUGUUUUUAAAGACUAGGAAGACACAGGCUGGGGACCAAGGGACAGGUACAAGGCUCGUCCGUGACUCAGACCAAUACGUCGGUGUACCCGUCCACUCUUUGGUGGCUCUUAUGUAAUGCAUUGGCUGUCAUGGUUACAUUCCGCCCCAUCUCCAAAAAAUAAACUGAAUUUUCAAA